AUGGCUAACCAGAAGACGGAGGAUAUCAAGGAUCUAAAUGCCUUCCGCUACAUGCAGCGGCAGCGACAAGACUACUUCGACCAGUUCCGCAGAGGACUGAAUUAUGGUCACCCCGGCAACGAGGCAUUGAUGAGACUGCAACGAAACAAACACGCAAGGCACUUUGUCUACAAAAUCCAGGAGGUCUGGGACGAGGCAGGUCCUGGACAGACCAGGCAGGCUGCCUUGGAGGCCAACGACAGACAGGCUGCGACUAUGGCGGUUGCUGACUUCAGGCUGGUUAAGAUUCUUGGCUGGGGUGGUUUGGGCGUGGCCAGUAUGUACGACGCCGUUGGCAAGGACAACAAAAUGCUACAGGUCGUGUGCAAGAUUGACAUCUUUCCCCAUUACACGUGUAGCCCCCGUGAGGUCAAGGCCCAUCUCAUGACCGCGGGCGCGAAACACGUCAUGCAGCAGGUUAUCCUGCAGGCUGAGGGGGGUAUAUCUGAUGCCGCGAUCAACAGACUGGGAAAUAUAGCGAGGCAGACAGCGGCUGGGGUGGAUAUGACUGUGCCUACGUCUAUUGAUAGUAGGGGGAGAAAACGCAAACGUGACCCCAAGGAUGGCGAUGGCGAUGAUGAUUUCGAAGUGAUUGAGGCGGUGCCAAUUGGCGAGUUUGAGGAGCUGGAUUUGAACGAAAUCAAACACGACAUGAAAGUAGACGCGAGAAAAGAGCUGGAUGCGAACCAGAGGGUGCUGUUUAUUUAG